AUGCCGAAGGGGCGGCGCGGCAGCCAGAACCCCAAGAUGAGCCAGCGGCCGGCCUCGCCUCUCUAUUUCCCGUCGCUCUACGACCGCGGCAUCUCGUCGUCUCUGCUUAGUGACUUUAACAUCUGGAAGAAGCUCUUCGUGCCUCUGAAGGCGGGCGGGGAGCCAGCGGCUGGCGUGGCCGGGGGGGGCGGGGGCGCCGAAGAGGCCGGAGUGGCUGGGCUCCGACCCCCCGCCGUGAUGCCGCCGCCGCCUCCAGGCCUGGGUCCCCCCACCGAGCGCCCAUGUCCCCCCUGGCCAUCCGGCAUAGCCUCCAUCCCCUACGAGCCUCUACGCUUCUUCUACUCGCCGCCUCCAGGGCCCGAGGUGGCAGCCUCCGCCCUAGUCCCCGGCCCCACGACCCCCUGGCUCGCCUCCGCCUCCCACCCGGAGGAGCUGUGCGAGCUGGAGAUCCAGAUUAAGGAACUGGAGCUGCUCACCAUCACUGGGGAUGGCUUCGACUCCCAGCGCUAUAAAUUCCUGAAGGCGCUGAAAGAUGAAAAGUUACAAGGACUGAAGAUGACCAGGCAACCUGGAAAGUCAGCCUCUUUCUCCUGAGGAACUGCCCCUCCAGAGCUGGGCAGCCACCUCCUUAGGUGUGACAGGUGACUCCAAAGGCGGAACAGACUGUGUCAUAUACUUCUAUGGUCGUGAAGGGAGAUAUCAAAGACUGGGACAAACCAAUCAUUGGCUGAAAGUCAAGCAAGAAGUCUUGGAAUCUACCAUAAGGUGAUUUCAGCCUUGGGUUUCUAAGGCUUCAUUUGCGGACAUUUGAUCUAAAAUUGUAUAAAGUGUUGACAGCUGAUAGAAAUAAAUUUAACAAAUAGUUUGGAGUCAGAUUGGUAUUAGUCUAAUUCUGGCCUUAGCACUUACCAGCUGUGUGGCCUUAGGCACCCGUUAUAUCACAUAACUAGGCCUCAGUUUCCUCUGUGGCAAAAUGGGAGUAAUCACAAGAAUUAAAACACCCCCUUGAUAAAAUUGUUGUUCAGAUUAAUUAAAUGAGACAGUGUAGUGGAACUUCCAACAUGGUGUCCAGAAAACAGAAAAUACUAAACAAAUGGUAGUUUUUUGUUUGAAGGAUGCCCUGCUAGGCAGAGGUAGGAUCUGCAUUAGAAGACAAGUCUCAAAGGGCUAAGAUCACCCUGUCCCACCACAUGGCCUCUUUUAAAAAUGUGCACUGGCGAUGGGGAGGCUCAGAGAACUGAACACUGGGCCUCAAUUUUCCAUCUCAUUUUCUCCUGGAAGUGUGUCAAGCAGAUGAAGGUUUUUGAGAGCAUCAGCAAG